AAGCAGAACAUGUUAGGAGAAGGAGGGAGAGGUGGGAAGGUAGAGGUGGGCAGAAAGAGAGAGAUGCUGUUGUACAGUGAGAGCGUCCGCCAGGCUGCAACUCUUCAUCCUCUCAUCAGGGAACAGGAUGCGUUGUGGAGCAGUGAUGUACAGAUUCACCGCAGAGGCGGAGAACGCAGACAGGAGUUCACCUUGAGCCGGAGUCCAACUGUGCCUCACUGGACCUUUGGGACUACAACUAACCCUCUUUAACCAGACAAAAAAAAGAAAGAAAGAAAGAACAAGAGGGAUUUAAUUAGACCUGACAGCCUGCCAAAAUAAAAGGGACCUCAGCCUCAGUAACUUCUGGACUGCUGCUGUCUGCAGAGGACAGAACUCAAACAGGUUUUUUUUGCUUUUGGCAGAGGACUGGUACAGCUGUUUCCAUGUAGACUGCCAUAGCCAUCCACCGCUCAAGCUGGAACCCCACAAAGCCAAGCAGGUCCCGCGGCUCAGGACCCCUGGAGCCGGCCUGACCUUGGACCAGUUGUCCCCCGAGCCCCUGCUGGCACCGGCCGAGGCGUCCGGCAUGUCUCAGAGCAGAGGGCGCUACCACAACAAGAAAGCCGGCAUCCGGGCGGCCGUGAUCCUGAUCGGGCUCCUUCACAAGUCCCGCAAAGCCAAGGAGAGGGAGCGGGAGAGGGAGAGAGAGGAGGGCGAAGGGAAACAGGAACUGCUGAACAUCACCAACGUCCCUCUGGGAGAAUGUCCCCCCUCACCACCUCGCACCGCCCCACCCAGCAUGAAGUCUGCAGAUUUCUUCGAUAUGCUGGAAAAGAUGCAGGUCCCCAAAGCUGAAGACACCAAAAAAUGGAAGGAUGACUAUAUCCCCUACCCACGGAUUGAAGAUGUCCUCGAGAAAGGUGGCCCAUACCCCCAGGUGAUCCUGCCCCAGUUUGGCGGCUACUGGAUCGAAGAUGCGGAGGCACCAGCAGGAACCCCUUCCUCCUCUGAGUCCAGUUUCUGUGAGGAGGAGGACGGGGACGAGGGCAUGAGCCCCGGCGGGGCGCACAGCUACCGCCUGGAGUGCAACAGCACAGCCCGAGCCUACCGCAAGCACUUCCUCGGCAAGGAGCACAUGAACUACUACUGCACGGCCAGCAGCAUAGGCAACCUCAUCAUGUCUCUGAAACACGAGGAGGCCCAAAGCCAGGAGUUCCUGCGCAUCAUGCUCAGAUCUCGGACCAAAACGGUUCAUGACAGGAUCUCUUUAGCUGGGAUCAGUCAGCUGCCCAGUGUGCCUCAGAUUGCAAAGCUGCUGUGUGACGACGCCACAGGACUGAAGUUCAACCCAGUCCUCUACCCUCGGGCAUCCCAGCUGAUAGUGGCUUAUGACGAGCAUGAGGUGAACAACACGUUUAAAUUUGGAGUCGUUUACCAGAAAUUCGGACAGACAUCAGAGGAAGAGCUGUUUGGGAACAACGAGGAGACGCCCGCUUUCAAAGAGUUCCUCAGCAUCCUGGGAGACAACAUUGAGCUGCAGGAUUUUAAAGGGUUCCGCGGCGGGCUGGACGUGUCUCACGGACAGACGGGAUCUGAAUCCGUCUACACCGUCUUCAGACACCGAGAGAUUAUGUUCCAUGUGUCGACGAAGCUUCCCUUCACCGAGGGAGACGUGCAGCAGCUCCAAAGGAAAAGACACAUUGGAAACGACAUUGUGGCGGCGGUCUUCCAGGAAGAGUCCACACCGUUUGUUCCGGACAUGAUCGCCUCCAACUUCCUGCACGCUUACAUCCUGGUGCAGGCCGAGAACCCCUGCACGGACCACACCACCUACAAGGUGUCGGUUACGGCGAGGGAAGACGUUCCUUCCUUUGGGCCCCCGCUGCCGAACCCAGCCGUCUUCAAGAAGGGUCCCGAGUUCCGUGAAUUCCUGCUAACGAAGCUGAUCAACGCUGAAAACGCCUGCUGCAAAUCGGACAAAUUUGCCAAACUGGAGGGACGCACACGAGCCGCCCUGCUGGACAACCUGCACGACGAGCUGCACAGACAGAGCCACGCCGUGCUGGGGCUCGGGCAGGUGGGGGAGGAGGACAAGCUGGAGAACGGCGGACACGGGGGGCUGCUCGAGUCGUUCAAGAGGGCCAUGCGUGUCAGGAGCCACUCCAUGGAGACCGUGGUGGGUUCUCACCGUCACAGGAGCCCUGGGGUGGAAGGCGGGGUCCCUGCCAGCCUCAGCGGAGGGGGGCUGCCGCAGAGCACCAGUGAAUGCACAAAGAGCACCUUCACUCCUCCCGUUCUGUCAGCCAAGUCUCCUCUGAAGAGCCCAGUGAAGCGGCGCUCUGGCCUCUUCCCACGUCUCCACUCCAGCACCGACACCCCGUCAGACAAACACACACGCAGCGACCAUAAACCAGCAGAGAUCUGUCCGCAUUCCCAAGAAGGGAGAUCAGAGACGUCAUCCAACCCCAGCUCACCUGAGAUCUGCCCCAACAAAGAAAGCAGGCCAUUCAUUAAGCACAAGGAGAGCAGCGGCGGCGGCACCUGCAGGCCCAACAUCUCUCGCUCCUCGUCCAGCACCAGCAGCUUCAGCAGCACCACGGGGGAAACAGAAGCUCUGGAGGAGCUGGAGACGGCCAGCCAUCUGUCCAUCACAUCCUCAUCUGCCUUCAGCCCGGCCCUCAGCAUUGACAGCCAGGGUUCGGGUACGCCUGUCAUCAUGUGUCGCAGCCCCACAGAUGGAAAAGGUAAAACAUCACCCAGGUCAAACUUGAAGUUUCGCUUUGACAAAAUGAGCCACUCGUCCACAGCUUCUGAGUAGAUUUGUGGAAGGGAAAAGCAGCAGACUUUCACAAAGAAGCCGCGGCGCAAGACUGAGGAAGUCGAGGAAAUCCCAACAAUCCCCUGAAAAGAAAAAAAAAA